AUUAUAAAUAAUUAUUUAAGAAAAACGUUAGAAAUAUAAGAAAUAAAUAUAAGAAAAAAUAUUUAAUUUAGAAAAAUAAUUGUUUAAUUGUUUAUUUAAAAAAAAAGUUUAUAAAUAAAGAAAUUAAAUGCCGAAAAAAUAACAUAAACAGUAUUGUCAGUGAGAGGAGAGUGGAAAAUUAUUUAAACAAAUUAUUUUAAAAUGUGUUAAAAUGUGAAAAAAAACAGUCGAGCAGAAAAUAGAAGAGAGUGGAAAUUUUCAACAUAAACAAUUAAUAAAUUGAAAGAAGAAAAACAGUUUUUAAUUUUUUUUUUAACUUAAAAAAAAAUAAUUUAAAUUAAAAACUAGAAUAGAAUUGGUACAUCUUUCAUGGAGUCCGUGCUUGUGAUUGGUGCUUCGAGAGCUUAUGAAAUAUCUCAUUUGCUUUUUUGCAAGAAAAAUUUAAAAAUCACAACAAUUUUUGUAACUGAAAGUAAACACGCAGAAAAACAAUUUUGGUCAUUUAAUAAUUCCGUUUGGUUAACGGCAUUUGGUUAAACAAAAAAUAGUAAUAAAUAAUAAAACAUGCCACGUAAUCGUUUAUUAUUGUUGUUAUUAUUAUUAUUGUAAAAAAGAAAAUUUUAGUUACGUAAAUUUUAAUAUUAAAAAUUAAAAAUCAAUGUCACUUGCGUCAGUCAAACAAAGUGUUUGAUUCAAUUUUUUUCUCUCUCUAUUUUUUUUUUUUUUUUUGAUGAAAAUUAUAAUAUUAACAAAUUUUCUUCAAUUGCUUCGAUAAAUGUUUUUCAUGAAUUUAGUAAAUAUUUGGUUAAAUCAAUUAAAACUUUUGUGGAUUAUUGAAGUUGGAAAAAGCUUUCUUUUUAUUCAAUCGAAAUUUUUGUUUUUAUUUUAAAUAUUUUUGACCAUAUUUUUGUUUUAAAAAAUUCACUUUUCUUGAAAUAAACAAAAGGAGAAAAAAUGGCUCUCGAUUUUCUGGCUGGAUGCCUUGGAGGUUGUGCAGGAAUUUUAGUUGGAUAUCCACUCGACACUGUAAAAGUCCAUAUACAAACGCAAGAUCACAAUAAUCCAAAAUACAAAGGCACUUGGCAUUGCUUUCGUUCACUUAUGGCCAAGGAUUCAAUACAUGGACUGUAUAGAGGAAUGUCCUCGCCAAUGGCGGGCGUUGCGGCUGUGAAUGCAAUUGUUUUUGGCGUCUAUGGAACAACUCAUAGAACAUUUGCCGAAUCGGAACAUCUGGGCAUUUACUUUUUAGCUGGUGCUUCAGCUGGAAUGGCACAGACUCCAGUUUGUAGUCCCAUUGAAUUGGCAAAGACUCGUUUACAAUUGCAAAAUUCUGACAAUCGUUCAGGACCACUGAAGUGUCUCAAAGAUAUUUACAAACGUGAGGGUUCGAGGGGACUUUUUAAUGGACUGGGAAUUACACUCGUUCGUGAGAUUCCUAGCUAUGGGAUUUAUUUUCUCACAUACGAAGCGCUGACGAGAUCGUCAUCCCCAAAUGGAAUCUCAACAUGGUACAUGCUACUGGCCGGUGGAUUGGCCGGUACAGCUUCUUGGGUAUUCACCUAUCCAGUGGACGUGGUAAAGUCCAGAAUUCAAGCAGACACAGUUGGCAAGUACAACGGUGCAUUGGAUUGUUUAGAAAAGUCCAUUAAAUCAGAAGGUGUCACAUCACUGUUUCGCGGUUUAAAUUCAACAAUUAUUCGUGCAUUCCCCACAAAUGCGGUGACAUUUACAAUUGUCACGUGGACAUUAAAAUUAUUUAGUAAGGAACCAAAAGUUGACGAAAUCACCAAUAAAAAUUGCGUCGUGUCAUCUUCAACACCUGUUAAGGAGACAUUUAUCAAGGAAUGGAAUUCAAUUUUAAAUAAUAUUGCGAUGCAUCAAUUGGACAUAUCAAGAUCAUAUUACACAUCAAUGUCAUCGUCAUCAUCCAUUUAUUUCAGGACAAUUGGAAAGGAGUUUGUUAAUCAGGAUUGUCAGGAGGAGUAAUUUAAUUUUUGUUAUAAUUCGGCCUAAGGGGCAUGAUAACUCCAAAACCAACGGAGAAUAUACUUGAGAACUUAGUUUGCGAACGUGCUGCAUGAGAGAGAGAAGGAUAUAAAUAUAUCUCUAUCCUUUUCUAUCUCAUGCGUCACGUUCGGGACUUAAGGGGUAUGACACAAUGAAUAACAUUACCGCAGAAUAAGUUCGCGAACAUUAACUAUGAGAUAGAAAAGGACAAAUAUAUAUCUGUCCUUUUCUAUCUCAUAGUUAAUGUUCGCGAACUUAUUCUGCGUCGGCCUUUAUGUUGGGUUAAAGAUUGUGGACUUAUAAUUUUUUUUCAUUGACACGUAUAUAAUGAACUGUCAAAAAAAAAAUGCGCGCGCAAUAAUUUUCAGUUUUUACCCAAUUGCGUCUCAAUUUUCCACUUUCCCCUCACUAUGAAGACAAACAAAUAACAAUGAAGAAAAUACUACAUAUUUUGUUUUUUAAUGCAUUAAUUGUUAUGCACUUUGAAGAAAAGUACUAAACUAAACAUAGAUAUUUAUAAUAGAAAUUUAAAGCUUAUGUUUAUAAAAGUUGAAAGUUUUAAAGGCCAACGCACAAUAGUUUCGCGAAAGUCGUUCGAGAACGAAAAGCAUAAACUAGAAAA